GAUGCCGCGAUGGAGCGGAGCCCGGGCGGGCGCCGGGGCCGAGGCCCAAGCACCAGGCGGAGCGCGAGCCGGAGCCGCAGCCAGAGCCCGGGCCGGGCCGGGGUCAGGGACCGCAGGGCCGGGCUGCUCGUAGCGGCGGCGACGGAGCCCCCCAGCGGCUGAGGGGCUUCCUCCCAGCUCCUGCCAGUGGCCGGGACCCAGCUAGCCCCCGCAGCCGGGGAGCGCGGGGGUCCCCCCACCACAUCCAGGAUCCAGCGAGCUUCGGGAAAGAGGGGGGCCCCUCCAGAUUCAACACAGAGCGACUCCCACUCGGGGGAAGCGGAGAUUUCAUCUGUAUUUAGAAGACAGCGACCCCUCUACGGUGCCGCGAAGACUCCCUCCUUCAACCUGGGCCCCCCAAGACCUAGAACGCAGGGCCCCCCGUCCGGGAUUGCGGGAACCCCCUCCCAAGAUCCUGGUCGUUACAACUCCACACCUCAAGACACGAAGACCCAGCUCAGAACGCCCCUAGAUCAGAGGAUCCUAAACCCCCCCCAACUCCGGUACACAGAAAUUCCAAAUCUAGGGACCCGAGGACAGCAAGAAAUACCCCUCACCAGCAAGAAGCCUCGUGGCGCCCUCUCAAAGCUCCAGGAUUGGGGCGACUGAGCCCCUUGCGGCACCUUUCGUAUCCCGGCCCAUGAUUGUGGCGCCCUGAGCCCCCCCCCGGGCCGGGCUGACGAAGACCGAGACGGCGCCCAGGCCCCCUGCCGCGGCGUCCCCGCGGCCCCAGCCCAGGGAGAAGAUGAGCGUGGGCUGCCCAGAGCCUGAGCCGCCCCACUCCCUGCCCUGCUGUGGGCCGGGGACCGCCCCUGGGCCUGGUGCUGGCGUGCCCCUUCUCACUGAAGACAUGCAGGCGCUGACCCUCCGCACACUGGCAGCCAGCGACGUCACCAAGCACUAUGAACUUGUCCGGGAACUGGGCAAAGGCACCUAUGGGAAGGUCGAUCUGGUGGCCUACAAGGGCACAGGCACCAAAAUGGCAUUGAAGUUUGUGAACAAGAGCAAAACCAAGCUGAAGAACUUCCUGCGGGAGGUGAGCAUCACCAACAGCCUCUCCUCCAGCCCUUUCAUCAUCAAGGUCUUCGACGUGGUCUUUGAGACGGAGGACUGCUACGUCUUCGCGCAGGAGUACGCGCCCGCUGGGGACCUGUUUGACAUCAUCCCUCCGCAGGUUGGGCUCCCCGAGGACACGGUGAAGCGCUGCGUGCAGCAGUUGGGCCUGGCGCUGGACUUCAUGCAUGGGCGGCAGCUGGUGCACCGCGACAUCAAGCCCGAGAACGUGCUGCUGUUCGACCGCGAGUGCCGCCGCGUGAAGCUGGCCGACUUCGGCAUGACUCGCCGCGUGGGCUGCCGCGUGAAGCGCGUCAGCGGCACCAUCCCCUACACGGCGCCCGAGGUGUGCCAGGCGGGCCGCGCCGACGGCUUCGCGGUGGACACGGGCGUGGACGUGUGGGCCUUCGGCGUGCUCAUCUUCUGCGUGCUCACGGGCAACUUCCCGUGGGAGGCGGCGUCGGGGGCCGACGCCUUCUUCGAGGAGUUCGUGCGCUGGCAGCGGGGCCGCCUGCCGGGGCUGCCGUCGCAGUGGCGCCGCUUCACCGAGCCGGCGCUGCGCAUGUUCCAGCGGCUCCUGGCCCUGGAACCCGAGCGCCGCGGCCCGGCCAAGGAGGUCUUCCGCUUCCUCAAGCACGAGCUCACGUCCGAGCUGCGGCGCCGGCCCUCGCACCGCGCGCGCAAGCCGCCCGGGGACCGCCUGCCCGCCGCUGGGCCGCUGCGGCUCGAGGCGCCCGGGCCGCUCAAGCGGACCGUGCUCACCGAGAGCGGCAGCGGCUCCCGGCCCGCGCCCCCGGCCGUCGGGCCGGUCCCGGUGCCCGUGCCCGUGCCCGUGCCGGUGCCCGAGGCCGGCCUGGCUCCCCCGGCACCCCCCGGCAGGACCGACGGCCGCCCGGACAAGAGCAAAGGGCAGGUGGUGCUGGCCACGGCCAUCGAGAUCUGCGUCUGAGCCGCCCCCGCCGCCCUCCCGGGGCGGGCACGCAGCGGGGGGAGCCGCCCUGGGCCUGCUCCCAGCCGGUGCCGGCGGCCGGCAGGAAAGCGACCGGCGUCCGCUGGGCCGGAGGGCGUAGCGGGUAGACUAGGCAGGACCGCUGGCUGCGGGUCCCGGCGGUCCGGCCCGGUCCUCGGGGGGCUGGCGAGACAGCCACCAAAGACCUCCGAAGCCGCCCGGCGGGCGGGGCCGCGGCCCAGAGAAGCCCCGCCCCGCGGACCCGAGCGUUCAGAGCCCCGCCCACAACAGGAGCAAGGGAGCGGCGGGGCCAGACUCCCAGACACCUCCCUGAGCCCUGGAACCCCGACUAGUUGCUCCUUCUUGGCCCUUCACACCCCUGGCAGAUCAUCCUGCAGUCCCACCCAGGUCCUGCACUCCUGGCCACCCCACUCUGCCCCCUUCCCACCCUGGGCACAGAAAAGGACUGAAACGUUGGGCAGAGAAGGGGCUUAAGGCCCUCCCCUCUCACCGGCACUGGCUGGGACCAAGGCAAUGAGGGGAGGCAGUGCGUCCUGCCCCUUUGCUGGCAGGCUGGAGGGGAGAGGCCAAGCCCUGGGAAAUGUAGCAAAUCUCUGGAUGUCGCAUAGGUGUGUUUGUGUGUAGGUACGGGCCCCAAGAACCUAGUGACCCCUACGCCCCCAUUCCACCGGUGAGGACACUGAGUCCAGUACGGAAGGCGGCUUGCCGUGGGCCAGUAGCCACAGAGAGGCAGAGCUCUCUCCCCUCCCCUCUCCACUUGUCCUGACAAGUCCCGGGGAUAGAAGGGCUCUCAGGGCAGGGGUCUCGCCCUGCAUCCUUAGGGCCGGCAGCCAGUGCAGAGCCAAGGGCCGGGCCCAGCCCGCUCCCCACAAGCUGCAUCUUCUUCAGGCCCAGGGACCUCUCCCAGAUCCUCCCAGUCCUCACUGCCCCAGCCUGGACAGAGUAGCUUGGGCUUCCCGCAGGCAGCGCGGUGACUUACGCCAGGAAUUUCUUCUGAGAUUUUGUCGGGGUCAAACAUGCCACCCUCCAACACCGGGCUGACCUCAUCCUCACAUCUGCCAUGUUUCUGGUACUGGAGCAGCAGGAGGCAGGAGCCGCGUGUGUGGGCAUCAGAACGGGAGGGCUGUGGACGCGUGGAAACAGGUGUGUGCGCAGAGUGCAGGCGUGCGGGCGCAGCCUUGUGUGUUCGCGUGACUGCGCAUCGCGAUGCCUCAGCCACUCCGCCCCACCCAGGUUUCCCACCAGGCCUGCAUUUCCCCCACCCUCAGGGAAUCCGGCAGGGGGGCACCUGCUGGUUGGUCCAGGCCCCCAGGCAGCAAAACAGACAAGAGGAACCAGCCUCACCCAGCGCUCCCUCAAGGGGACCUCCUGCCCUCUCUGUAGUGGCCCGGGACCCCCACAAUAACCUCAGCAUGGGUGAAGCUGCCCUCCGUGCCUGACAGUGCCCUAGCAGCUGUCCUGGGCCACCCCUGCCUGGGUCCCUCCUGGGGUUCUGGGGCAUUUGAGGGGCCUCCUUGGUGGGCCAGGCUGGCCAGAGUGGACAUCCAUCACUCUCUGGCCUGGAGCCCCCACCUCUCCACUCACCCCUCAUUCCCACCUCGAACAAGGGCUAUAGGUCCCCCUGCCCUGCCCGGGUCCAGUUUACAAACAGUGUGUGGUUGCCCCAGGGCCUGGCCCCCCCUCUCCCUGGUAUGCCCACUCCUCUCAAGACCCCACCUCCCCCGUGGGCAUGGGGCCCUCCACAUGCCAGGUAAGUAGCAGACCCCUCCUCCCACCAAGGGCCAAGUCUCAGAGAAGGCCCCAUCACUGCCCCAGCCCACCUGGAGCCCAGCCGGGCCACCUCUCCCAGCCGCGACUUCUCCUUUUGCCUUAGGCCUCGCGACAUCCUGAUCUCUCCUGCAAUAACAAGGAAGCGAGAUUCCACAGUAGACGUCCCUUGCGUGCACACCCCCCUCUCUUUGUUAAGAUCCCGUUUGGGAGUCGUCUCCCUUGUCGUAGUACCUAGUAUGUUAGAGUCGGGAAGGGACUGUAGUGAUGUAGUUCAGCCCUCAUUUGCAGAGGGGCCAGGAGGGCAGCGACAAACCUGACCCAAGAGCAGGACUGGAUCACAGGUCAGGGCUCUGCUGCUGCCUCCUCUGCUGGUUGGGCUGGGACCCUUUGCCCCUUAGGAGAGGUGUUGGUCACAGAUGUUUACCUCAGUUUAUGUCACUGUCAAAGAAACAAAAAAUAAUAGCAAAAAAUAACACCGUAGACAUGAAGACUUAGAAGACAAAAAAACACACAAAAAAUCUCCCCCCCUUUCGAUUUCUCUGUGAAGGUACAGUGUGUAUGUUUGUGUGUGUGUGCGUGUGUGUCUAUCCCACCCCGGGCAGGCCAGGUCAUCUCCGGCCUCUGUCCCAGCUCCUGUGUCCCCCAUACUGCCCCUGUCCUCCGGUGCUUCCCAGAGGCCCCUCUGAGCUGGCCUGUGGGGUGUGGGGAGCCCCUGGGCGGGAGGCAGGGCCACAGGUCAGCUAGAGGGUCUCCCACCAGGCCCACUGAGCAGAGCUCCAAGGCUGCCCAAUGCUCCCUGAGCCCAUGCUGUGGCCGGUGGGACACUCCUGGUGGCUGGCAUCAGCGUCCGAGCCUGGCUCAGGGACUGGGGCAGGGGUCUGGGUGGAAUCCCAGAAGUCCCAAAGCCCCAGACCCCCAUGUCUUGCCACCUCCCACGCCAUGUGUUUGUAAAUACUCUGGUAGCCUUUGGCCCUGAGAAGGUUUUUAAAUGUGUUAUUUACUUCUCUAAACAUGACAAUUGCUAAAAAAUAAACAAAAGUUUAGAAAAAUUA